AUCCAGACAUUGAACGAAAGUGAUAUCGUUAUAUGCUAGUGAGAGAGACGAUUGUGUUCAUCGUGAAACGACAACGCGUGUGUCGAAGUAACACAAUUUCUAUUUAGUAACUGUACAGACGUACAGUUCUCCUACGAAAUAUUCUGAUAAUUUUCAAGAAACAUAUCUCCACUAUCAAGCUACUGUUUCAUAACUACUGAUAUAAUUGUACGGAAUUUGCACACAUUAUCUUCUACACGCUUAAAUGUUCAACGUUUUAUCACAGUGAUAGAAAAUCGUUUCUGACUCCUUCACUGACACAAAUAGUCUCAAUACCAAAUAUCAUGACGGAGGACAUGUUAGGCGCGGAUAUCUGCAGAGUCUGUCGGUCAGAGGGCUUGGCAGACAGACCAUUGUUUCAUCCCUGCAUCUGCACAGGCAGUAUAAAAUGGAUACAUCAAGAGUGUCUGGUGCAGUGGAUGAGAUACUCACGCAAGGAAUACUGUGAACUCUGUGGUCAUCGCUUCUCAUUUACACCUAUAUAUAGUCCAGACAUGCCACGGCGUUUGCCACUAAGAGAUGUUAUAGGUGGUCUAUUCUCAAGCAUUCUCACUGCCGUCAAGUAUUGGUUACAUUACACAUUAGUGGCAAUUGCUUGGCUGGGAGUUGUUCCUCUAACUGCGUAUCGUACAUACAGAGCCUUGUUCAGUGGUCCACUGGAUUUAGUGCGGAUAAUGUCGUUACCAAUGGAUAUGCUCUCCACGGAAAAUAUCUCUUCAGAUGUAUUUCAUGGCUGUUUUGUAGUCACUUGCACCUUAUUUGCGUUUAUCGGUCUGGUAUGGUUGAGAGAACAGAUCCUACAUGCGGGCGGGCCCGAUUGGCUCGAGAGAGACAACGUGCAGAUACCACUGGUUGACAAUCCACCGGCGGGGGAGGCGAACGCACAGCAGCCGCAACAGGCCCAAGAGGAGCGCGCUAUGCCACAGCAAGCUCAAGACAACAACAAUGUUCCACCUUUCGUUGAUGAUCCACCUAUCCCGCAAGAGGGAGAACUACGUAACGAAGGUAUCUCGCAGCAUCAUUGUAAAUGCAUACAAUGCACAUUUGAUAACGCAAUUAUGAUCUUCAAUCUGGUAGAUCAACGUCCUGCGUACCAAGAGGUAGCGGAAAAUAUGGCUAAUAAUCCGCAAAUCGGUGAACCAGAGGAUUUAGCGCGGAGAGACGCGCAGGCACCGAUUCCCGCUCCGCCACCUCUUCCGAUCAGAGAAGAACUCGAUGCAGAUGGCGUGCAAGCGAAUGCUGCGGUUGACGAGGGUUGGAUGAGAGGACACGUGGUACAGGCGCAUGUAGUGGGUCAGGCGCAGGGCGAAGCCGAGGAAGCCAAUUGGAAUCCCAUGGAAUGGGAUAGACCCGCCGAGGAACUCACAUGGGAACGUCUGCUGGGAUUGGACGGCUCCCUUGUCUUUCUCGAACAUGUCUUCUGGGUUGUGUCUCUAAACACUCUGUUUAUCAUGGUAUUCGCCUUCUGUCCCUAUCACAUCGGUCACUUCGCAAUAACGGGAUUAGGAUUGCAAGAGCACGCGGCGGCGUCGCAUUUCGAAGGCCUGGUGACUACGCUUUGCGGUUACUGCGUCAUCGGCGUUUGUCUGGUGGUCCUUCAUACUCUCGCCGCGCUGCUAGGCUUUCAACGUUCCCAGCGAAUUCUGGGACUCUGUUACGUGAUCGUCAAGGUCUCCCUGCUCUCCGUCGUGGAGAUUGGUGUACUUCCAUUAGUUUACGGCUGGUGGCUGGACAUUUGCUCGCUAGCAAUGUUUGACGCCACGCUCAGAGAUCGAGAAUCUUCGUUCAGACUCGCUCCCGGCACGUCCAUGUUUAUCCAUUGGCUGGUAGGGACGGUCUACAUGUAUUACUUCGCAGCGUUUAUUCUUCUGUUGCGUGAGGUUCUGCGACCUGGAGUCGUCUGGUUCGUGCGCAACAUAAACGAUCCCGACUUCUCCCCUAUACAAGAGAUGAUACAUCUUCCCAUACUGCGACACGUACGACGACUGCUUGCGUCCGCGAUUAUAUUCGACACGGUAAUCCUGCUGAUGUUAUGGCUACCCGUGAAAAUUCUUCGAUGGGCUUGGCCGGGAUUUCUACCCUACACCGUGACCGUGCAAAGCGAAGCUCAGGUGAGCGAGCUCUCAUUGGAACUGCUGCUGCUACAAGUGAUUCUACCCGCGUUGCUCGAGCAAUCGCACACACGCACGUGGCUCAAGGCCCUCGUGAGGGCGUGGUGCCGCGUAGUGGCGUGGAUGUUGGAUCUGCAGUCGUACCUUCUGCGAGAUCAGACGGACGAUCCGGAGCCGGCGGUCGUCGAAGAGCCGCAACAUCCUGACUUGGGUGCCGCGCAUCAAGCGUUGCUGCAACGAGAGGGACCCACGGGAUUUCAACCGUACGUCAGACCGCGUUGGUUCCCCGCGCGACUGGUCGGCCUCGUGCUCUGCGUCUGCGUAUCCCUCGUGAUCGCCAGCCUGGUGGCCAUGACGCUACCCGUGUGGCUCGGACGUAGAGUAAUGGCGUUAUGGAUGGUAGGAGCGCCCGCUCCCUCGCCACCUGUGCUACCGCCAACGUUAACCGGAUCCGAUGGUGGCGAAACUGUAGGACCACUCUCUGGGAGGGUGCACGAGGUAUACACGGUAGCUUGCGGCACGUACGUGUGCUGGGCCGCAGCACGAGGCUUGGUGCUAGCCUUCUCCUGGCUACCUCGCGGUCGCAGGGCUAUCCUAGACCGAAUUAAGCACUGGGCGAUCCUAGGCAUGAAGGCCUCGGUGGCGUUUGUGCUGUUGGUCGGAGUGAUACCGCUCCUGUUCGGUCUUCUUCUGGAGUUGGUGGUGGUAGUACCGUUGCGCGUCCCGCUCGAGCAAAAUCCCAUCUUGUUUAUCUGGCAGGAUUGGGCGUUGGGCGUGCUAUAUACGAAAAUAGCGACCGCUGUGACGAUGAUGGGGCCCGAUUGGCGGAUACGUCUCGCUAUCGAACGCGCCUACAACGACGGCAUCAGAGACAUGGAUCUCAAGUUCGUCGUUACGGAAUUAGCCGCGCCGGUCAUAUGUUGCUUCGGUCUCGCCCUCGCGGUUCCUUACGCCGUGGCCCACGGGAUAGUUCCCCUUCUAGUGACCAAUCUACAGACUCAGAUCCUCAUCGCCAGACGCCUGUAUCCUUUCCUUCUGCUAGUGAGCCUGGUCUGCGUGGUGAUCGGCUUUCAGAUACGUCAGUUCAAGAAGCUAUACGAGCAUAUUAAGAACGACAAGUAUCUUGUGGGACAGAGACUCGUUAAUUACGAACAUCGCAAUAAAUCGCAGCAACAUCAGUCGCAGAGAUCGAGCUAACGGCGUCAUUAGGCAUAAUAUUUGUUACGGUGGAAGGUGAAUUAUAAGAUUAGCUUCGUGUACAUUCUUUAACAUCUACGAUAAAAAAAAUGAUAAUUUAUAUUUAGUCACACGAUUUUAUUUUUAAUAUUAUAAUUUAUCGAUGUAAGAGCGAUACCAAAUAAAUCAAAAAAAGACUGUUA